GACAGAGGGCAGCCCUGUGGAUGGACUCUGAGCAGGCCAGAUGGAAACAGAACAGGCCAGACAUGAGACGGAAGAAAGUUUGAUAUUACCACAAUUUGGAACAUCUCGCAACAUCCCUCACAAACUCCAGAAUGGAGGCCAGUCUUCAGAGACUGAUUCUCUGGAGAACGCUAGAGAUACGAACUGGAACCAUUACAAGUCCAGUGCCAACUCCAUGAAGAGGCACAGGGAGAACUGCAACAGUCCUGUACAAGGGCUGUUCGAUCAAGGACCCUACACGAUGAACGGAGAAUUGAUGAAUGGCGAGUUGAAGCAUGCACUCAAUGAGCAGUCGUUAAUGACCCACCAACCCAAGAAACUUAAAGUAGAUUCUGGAAUGAGAGGAAAUGAUGACAGUUUGGUGGAUAGCUUUCCUGAGUUGACAAAGGCAACAGGGUUUGAACGCAAUUCCCCACAGACAGAGAUUAAGUUGGACAACAGGAACUUUAAUUUUCCCAAUGGAGAUAUUUUUGGUCUGCCAAGAAAUAAACAAGGCUCGAUUCCAAACGGUGCUCAAUCCCCUCCCUCAAACAUAGAAGGCACUCCUGGUGAUCUGUUAGAAAAAACCUUGUCUCAGUAUUAUCCUGAGCAAGUGUCAAUCGCACCACAAACAUCUGGGCAACAGCUUGAUGCUGUCAAUGGUUCGCUGACAAAUAAGUUACCCAGUGAAAGUUCUCAACCUCCCUUAACCUCAGGAAUGCCCAAUUUAGCUCAGAUGCCUGACUCACAGCAACAGCGGCCUGUGGCAUCAAGUAAUGUUGAAGGUGGCAACAAUUAUAACUCUGUCAACUUUGUAGUGAAUGGAUACUCCAACAAUUUUGAAGCAGACCACAGGCAGCAGCAACAACAGCAUCAGCAGCGAACACCAUCUUACUCUGUUCAAGAGGGGUCUCUAGGUCAGCUGCCUGGCAUGAUGCCAACUGCAAAUACUGCCAAUAGCUCACAACAACGUCAAAAUGGCCCACGGUGCUAUCCAGACGACACAAAUCGCCAAGGAAUAUAUGCAAAGGCCAACCAAGAGUUUAACCAGAACUCUUUUCUAGAGCGCAAUGCUCCUCCACAGGUAACAGAGACCGGUGGAUAUGGACACUUUCCUAACUCUGGGAUACAGAAGAUGGGCCAAAGUGAAGAACCCAGGUCUAUUCAGCAUCAGCGCCAUGGCAAUGACAGGGGCCAGCAGUAUGAGAUUCAAGCCCAGACCUUUAAGCGAAAUGCUGGGAACUCACAUGGUGCUGACUGUACAGGACCCAUGGGGCCAAGUCGUCAGCAGCCACAUCAUGCUGGGUUAGAAAACGGUAUGGAGGACACGUCUGAGCUAAGCCCCGACCAGAGAGCCUGGGCAGCGCUGAGCUCUUCACAUUCCCAGGAGCAAGCAGCAAGUGCCCAGUCAUCCCGGGCACAUGAGCAGGGCAGGUGGAGGGGCUUUCCUGCUAAGCCUCAGUCAGAGCAGCAGAUAGCUAACCCCCAGGUUCACUGCCAGAUGAUGGAGCAAAAUCCAGUGCGAAGAUUCCAGACACAGUCAGGUUUCACAGAUAGCAGCAACAGUUUCCAGCAGCAACAGCAGGAACGUCUCCAGGCCCAAACACACAGUGCUCCAGCCCAGCACAACACUGCCCCUGAGUGGCAGCAUUCAAAUUCGAAAAGACCUCAAAUGCAACAGCCCUUACCCCAAAAAAUGCCUGAGCAGCGUAAUUUCUGCCAAGAUCAGCAGGCAGACAGCCACUACCUGACCCAGAUGCAGUCAGAGCACUUAUGUGAAGACCCUGACCUGCAGGAUAUACUGUCACCUGGGUUUUCACCAACAAAGCAACAACAGCAACAACAACAACAACAGCACUGUCAUCUACAACGUCCCCUGUCUCACCCACCACAAUUUGAGGGACAGCCACUCAAGUCUCCCGAUUACAGACCCCACAGUCAGCCUCAGCCAAGUCAGCAGCAACACAACCAGCCCCCUAGAAACAAUUCUUCUCAAUCCAACAACCAACACAUUCAGCACAGCGACCGUGCAACAUUCAGUUACAAUAACAUCACAGAGAUGCAACAACAUCAACAACAUCAAAGACAGUUUCCACCAAACCCAGACAGCAGUAACCUCAAGCAAUUUCAACCACAACAGCCUAACAACCACUGCCACCAGCCCAACCAUGCAGACUUCUCCCAGACCUCCACGCCGCCACAACCUCACUUACCACAAGGCGCGUUAAACCAACAGGUAUAUGUUAAAGCUGAACAGGAGCUUCAGACAUCAUGCACUCACUUCCAAAGGGGACCUCGACUACCUCUGGCACCUGUGGGUCCCCAUGCAGACUUUCAGAGGCAUGCAGCCCUGCGUAUGCACCUGUUACAAAGGCAGGAGCGCCAGGGCCCUCCACAUCCCCUUCAGAGCACUAUUGAUCCCAAACAUGGCCUGCGAGCUAUUAAAAUGGAAAACGAACCCAGAUUCGAAAUGCAGUGUUCUCAACAGCAGGAGCAGCAUUUGCAGAUGCGAGAGGCAGGCCUAGGUGGAGUGCAGAUUAAGCAGGAGAAUGAAACAGUCCAGUGUGAUCAAGGCAGGCGGCCGGGAAGCAUCUUGGCCUCCAUGGAACAAAGCCUGAGGCAAUACCAGCUUUCCCCCGUGUUUGAGAAGAAAUCCCUUAUCAUCAAUCCAUUAAAUAAAGUCAAGGUGGAAUAUUCUGGGCCGGUCACCAUCCUGUCGACCAACACUGACCUCGGUGCAUAUGAAUCAUCACCAGCUGCCCCUCCGGCUGUGGGCCUAAAAAGACACCAUGAUUUCACCCCGAAGAAGGAACCUCUCUUACAAAGCUUUAUGGACUCUCCUAUGAAGCUAUUGGAUACUCCUAUAAAGAAUCUGCUGGACACUCCCUUGAAAACACAAUAUGACAUUGCAUCCUGCCACUGUGUUGAACAAAUCAGUGAGAAGGAUGAAGGCCCAUAUUACACUCACUUGGGCUCAGCUCCGAGUGUCGCCGGUAUACGUGAGAGCAUGGAGACAAGGUCUGGUCUAACUGGGCUUGCAAUCCGGAUUGAGAAAGUAAUCUACACAGGCAAGGAAGGAAAAAGUACACAAGGGUGCCCCAUAGCCAAAUGGGUGAUUCGUCGAUCAAGUGAAGAGGAGAAACUACUGGUGUUAGUGCGGGAGCGCAGUGGUCACAAAUGUGAGACAGCCUGCAUCAUUGUAGUAAUCUUGGUCUGGGAGGGCAUCCAGCCCAGCCUGGCUGACCGCCUCUACCUCGAGCUACGAGAAACUCUAACAAAGCACGGAGCCCACACCCAGAGACGAUGUGCAAUCAAUGAGGAGAGAACCUGUGCCUGCCAGGGGUUAAAUCCUGACGCUUGUGGAGCAUCGUUCUCCUUUGGCUGCUCCUGGAGCAUGUACUACAACGGCUGCAAGUUUGCCCGGAGCAAAAUACCAAGAAAAUUCAAGUUACUGGGAGAUGAUGUGAAAGAGGAAGAGAGACUGGAGCACAACUUUCAAAAUCUAGCAACCUUACUGGGUCCUUUGUAUAAAAACUUGGCACCUGAUGCUUAUGGAAACCAGGUGGAACAUGAACAGAGGGCACCAGAUUGUCGUCUGGGGUUCAAGGACGGCCGUCCCUUCUCUGGUGUCACUGCUUGUCUGGACUUCUGUGCACACGCUCACAGAGACCUCCACAACAUGCAAGGAGGCAGCACUGUGGUGUGCACGUUAACAGGUGAGGAUAACCGGGAGAUUGGAAAGAUACCAGAUGAUGAACAGCUCCAUGUCCUGCCUCUUUAUAAGGCUUCCAGCACUGAUGAAUUUGGCAGUGAGGAGGCUCAACAGGAGAAAAUCAAGUCAGGCGCCAUCCAAGUCCUCAGUGCCUUCCGCCGUCAGGUGCGCAUGCUUUCAGAGCCAGCCAAGUCUUGUCGGCAAAAAAAGCUGGAUGCUAAGAAGGCAGCUGCCCAGAGGAAUGCCAUGCUGGACAAUGAAAAGGCAGAAAAGGCCCUCCUGGCCAAGGCAAAAGCUAGCACUUAUGAGAGACCUCCUCAGAUCACUCCUAUUGCAGGACCUAUCCAAGGUGCUGUGGGAGCAAUCCCACAGGCAGGUCAGCCACCACACCCCAUGGGGGCCCAUCAUCAGCAACUACAGCAACUACAGCAACAACAGCAACUACAGCAACUACAGCAACAACAGCACCAAAACAUUCUUCCCCCUUAUCCUGGCUCAAAUGUAGCCGGCUACCCCAGGUUCCCCAACCACCCUGGGUCUUUUCCAAGCACUUCCAGGCCAGGUAGCAUGUAUCCCCCUCAGCCACCAACACCAACGAGCCCUUACCCCUCUCCUCUUCACGUACCAAACCCUUGCAUAAAUGGAUCAAAUCGUCCCUACCCAGGUUAUCAAUGUAACGGAGGAAUGCCCCUGGACAGUUACCAUCCGUACUAUGCCUCAAACCCCAAGCACCUGGACAUGUAUCGACAACAGCGGCCAGCGCUUUACUCAGAGCAGCAGUACGGUGUACAGCCACGUUAUGAGGUCAAUUAUCCGCAAAGGUAUGGUGAUCCAGGUUUACAGGUCAAUGGUUACAAUGCUUGCGGCAUGAGGCCAGUUCACCCUAUGAGACCAUACUCCCCUUAUGGUCCUAAUGGAGCCCCAGACUCCCAGUUUAUGGACCCCCUCUCAAGAGCACCCUCAGCUCAUGGGGGUCUAGACUAUGCUGCUGUGAACAAAGGCAAUCAGUUUGGAGGAUACCCAAAUCCAUACCUGUCUCGGAGUCCUCAAAUCGUAGCUCCAGGCCAAGAUCCAUUCCAUAUGCAAAUCAAGACGGAGAUGGGCUUGCCUCACCCACAGAUGCUUUCUGCUCAGAUGACUGGUGGGGGUUUACACCCUGAAGCACAGCCAGGGUCAGGUAUGCCUAAUGGGGGCCUCAUAGGCUCUGGUAUUAAGCAAGAGCCUGGAACACCACAGACUCCCACAACCCCGCAAAAGCCUGAGGUGUGGUCGGACAAUGAGCACAACUUCUUGGACCCAGACAUCGGCGGAGUGGCAUUGGCACCCAGCCACGGCUCAGUCCUCAUCGAGUGUGCAAAACGAGAGCUCCAUGCUACAACUCCAGUUAAAAACCCCAACCGCACCCACCCUACGCGCAUCUCCUUGGUGUUCUACCAGCACAAAAAUAUGAACGAGGCCAAGCAUGGUUUGUCACUAUGGGAAGCCAAGAUGGCUGAGAAGGCUCGAGAGAAGGAGGAAGACGCAGAAAAGAACGGUGGCGAGGGGACACCUAGCAAGAGCAAGAAGCCGGUGAAGCGUGAGCUUCCAGAGUUUUUAGAAGCCCCCGGGGGGGAAACUUACCAGCGCUUCAUCCAGUCGAUAAUGGAGGGCUCCAUGACGUCCACAACAAACAGCUGUGUCAAUACAACACCAUACGCCUUCACCAAGGUCACAGGCCCAUACAGUCAGUUUGUGUAAGAUGAACAUUUAAGGUGCUUUAUUUAUGAAGGACAAAGAACACAAGCCCCACUGGCCUCGUCUAAACACUCCUUCCUAUCCGUAAAGUCGGCAUCAGUGUUAAAAAAAGGAACCUGUGAUCAACUGAGAUAUGAAUCAUCUUUCCCAUCAGGUCUUUCACUUCUUUAACAAUCAAGCUCCGAUUGUUGACCCUCCUAAGGAUGUAUUUAUUUUUGUUUGGCAACUUUCGCAAGAUACACACUGUCAAAAUCUCUGGUGCUUUCAGUCGAAUCCAUAAGGACCUAUUUUUAAUGGAAACAAAGUUUCUUUUUUUGUGGCUUUAUUUUUCUUACAAAAUUCUACUCUUGGCAUAAAACACUGACUUUUUGUAAAUGACAACAUUCACGGUGCUAACGUGUGUGAUUGUUACCAUUUAUUUAAACUCAAAUUCCAUCAUACUAUGACAAUACCGCACUCUACGAGUGACACUCAAUAACUUAUCUCAAAAGGACACUGAAAAUAUCUUCCCAAGGUCAGUCAAUCAGCAUUAUAAUGGUUUUUGGCAAGUCAGUGUUUCUCAGAGCACUUUUUAAUGAUGAGAAUUUUAUGUUUUAAUAAUAGUUUUAAAUCAUGAAAUCUGGUUAACUUUAUCGUUACAUUUAGAAUAAUAAAUUUCUACACACCACUCAAAUUAAAUUCAUAAUUUAUAACACUGGAUUGUAUGGUCAAUCCGGGAAAAUGUUUCAAGGUCAUGCAAAAAGAUUUUUUUAACUAUCAUUGUGUUGGUGCUUCUUUCAAUUUACUAUGUCAUUUAUACUGUAAAUUGAGCCAUUCUAAUGGUGCUUUUUUUAACAUUUUGAGGGGAAAAAAGUCCACAUUUGUCAUAUUCUGUUUUCUCCAGGUUUACUUUGUUGUCAACAACUGUUUUCAAUGUUCCUUACCUUGGGCUCAUUGAACAAACCUGGACUGUGAAUAUUGCGUGUAGUUGUAUGUCUGUGGUGCUUAGGAAAUGUGCUUUUUAUACACUGAGGAACAUGAAACAGGGUCAGCUCAGUGUCGGUUCAGAGGCAGCUGGCUUGCUGUGGGGUCUUUAAUUGUUGUAAUCUAACUGUAAGAUAAACAGGUGAGAUUUGUACAGUAAAUUAAUUUCUUUUUGGAAUUACUGUUAUAGAUUUUGUGUUGUAAAGAAUGAUAACAGUCUAUUUCAUUGUAUUACUUUGGGUUUCAACUGAUUUUUAUAUAACAAAGGUGCUAUCCAACCUACUAGAAACAUACAAUGUGAGACUUUUUGAGCAGUGAGAAGGCUUUUAAAUAAUGUACAGUGCAAACCUUUCAUAUACCUCAAAACUAGUUUGGCAAUAGGAUUAAAACAUAUUUUUCUUUUAUCCUUUGUAUAUUACUUUCAAAAUGUGCAACUUCAGGCCACCAACAGCAUAACAGUUCAUGUUUUACUUUCUCAUCUGUCUGCUAGAAAGUAUUGCUUGAACUUGAACCUUUGAAGUUACUGUAAAAUCAGGGACAUUUUCAAAUUACUUUGUGUUCAUCGUCUGAAUUCAUCCGGUCAUUUUUUAAUUCAGGUACUGGCCAUUGCAUCCUAAAUCUGAUAUAUGUCUGCUCCACAAGAUACUUUCCUGCAAUUUUUUUACUUCUAUUAAGUGGGAUAGUGUCAAUCUUUUAAAAGUAAUUUGAACAUGCACUGAGUUGACUAAAGGGAAACUAACAAAGCAAUGUAUUUGCUAUGGGGCAGGACCAGGGCAGUGAUUAACAUAGCUGCACAUCUUUGUGCCUGUGUAAAGUUAAAUUUAUUUAUAACCACUAAGCAAUUGUAUAAUGAUUUUCCUUCCCUGUUUGAUUUAAUUAAUGCGAUAUAUCAUGAAAUGACUGUCAUAUUAUAGUAAUGACUUACCCCACUCUUCAAGAUAUUAAUUUUCUGAAAGCACUUCAUUUCUUUUUCAGGAAAAAAAUAUGUAAUAAAGAAUUACAAAACGUUUUAUUUAAAUAGAUUGUAAAUGUGUUAAAAAAUAAAUAAAUUAUGUCACAAUGUACAUACCAAGAACCUGUAUUGCAGGAAUACAACUCAUUAUUUGAUGUUGAUGUAUGUUCUUCUUGUUCUGUCUAACCGACCCACAGAGCACAUCAGCAAUCCUCGACAUAUCUUUAAUUAUUAUUUCGGCUCUUUCAGGUUAACAGAGUGAUUACGGUUAGAUUACCCAGGAAGUCUCUAAAUGUAUGCUCACUGUCACAGCAAUGUUUACAGUUAUACUAUCCUGUCAGCUCAGAUAUUAGAAGUUCUAGUUUUUUUUUUAACUGUUUCAAUUUUGUAUAAACGAAUAUACAUUAAAAAUGUUGAAUUUCCUUGUACAGGACCCAGCUACAGUAGCAGGUUGAUGUUGAGAAAGCCAAGGUGUCUAAGAUGUAGCGGGUUUAAAAGCAUAGCCAUACUUGAAGAUGCUUGGGAGUGUUUCUGAGUGAGUCAACAUUACUUGAAUGACUUUCGGGGCUUAACCAGUGCGCUAACACGUGCUCAGCUCAAAGGUCAAGCUAGAAGUUGAAGCACACUUGGUCUUUUUGCAGUUAGACACUAAGGGUAUAAAAAAAAUGUGCAACUUUUUCCCUGUCGUAUUUUUUGAGCGUUCCCUUUGUUCUCCUGAAGUUUGGUAUGCUACGAAAAUGGAAUUAAGGAUGGUUAUUAAUACUGUAAGUAUUGUAAUGUAAUGAAUGCAGUUUAUUUGAAAGCUGUUAAUUAUAUCAUUCCUGAUAUUGCUGAGAUGUGGGUGUUUUUUUAAUAAAAUUUAUAUUUAUUUAAAACAA